AACUAGUAGGCUAUUUUUGCUACAUUCAUUUACUGCAGACAGAAAUCUCUUGCGCUCUAAGCUAACUGCAGACGACAAGACAAAUAGAUAAUGCAAACUGUUUUCAUUUGAAGAUCAUUCAAUGAAACUUCCUUCAGAAAAGUAGGAUGACCGCUUUCAUCCAUUUGGGGCGGGAUCUUGUGACUCACACAACUUCCUCUAUAGUAGCGCAUGGAAGAGUUGAACGCGAGCAUAUUCUCAUUCGGUGCAUUGAGAGAGAGAUGAAUACUUCUGCACACCCGUGAGGAGCAACAGGACUACAGAGCUGUAAACUGACCCCAGCGACCUCGACACGGACAGAGUACUGAAAGAGUUUUGACGGGGAACUGACUCGGAUCAGGAGCAACAUGAGCGAGCGCUUUGACUGUGACAACUGCAAGGAGUCCUUAUACGGCAGGAAGUACAUUCAGGCAGAGGACAACCCUUACUGCAUCCCUUGCUACGACAGCCUGUUCGCCAACACCUGUGAUGAGUGCAAAGAGCUGAUUGGCCAUGAUUCAAGAGAGCUAUUUUACGAGGACCGUCACUACCACGAGCACUGCUUCCGCUGUUUCCGCUGUGACCGUUCGCUGGCAGACGAGCCCUUCACCAGCCAGGAUGAUGCUCUUCUGUGCAAUGACUGUUACUGCAAUGAGUUCUCCUCCAAAUGUGUGGCCUGCGAUAAAACUGUCAUGCCUGGAACCAGGAAGCUUGAGUACGCUGGCUCCACAUGGCAUGAGGGCUGUUUCAUUUGCAACAGCUGCCAACAACCAAUAGGCUCUAAGUCAUUUAUCCCAGAUAAAGAUGACCACUAUUGCGUACCCUGCUAUGAGAACAAGUUCGCACCGCGCUGUACUCGAUGUAAACAGGCCUUGGCUAAAGGUGGUGUGACCUAUAGGGAUGAGCCAUGGCAUAAGGAGUGCUUUGUGUGCACAGGCUGUAAAGUCCAACUAGCUGGCCAGCACUUCACCUCCCGUGAUGACAGCCCAUACUGCCUCAAAUGUUUUGGCAAUCUGUAUGCUAAGAAAUGUGAAGCCUGCAAAAAACCUAUUACAGGUUUUGGUGGAGGAAAGUACAUUUCGUUUGAGGACCGGCAAUGGCACCAGCCAUGCUUCACAUGCUCUCGAUGCUCUGUGUCGCUGGUGGGUGCUGGCUUCUUCCCUGAGCAAGAUGAUAUCCUCUGUCGCAACUGCAAUGGCAACUCAUAGAACGCAACCCCUAUCCACACACUUUACCUUCCCAUAUACAUAUACAUGCACAUGUCUAUUUUACACUGCUGUGCCCUCACAUGAGAACUUCACAUCUCAAGCUAUGCCUAUGCUGAUACUGCUGUUUGAGAUCCCAGCAAACCAGCUAUCUGCCCCCACACACAACGGUCUGAGUUUCACCAAAAUACUCAAAGAAUAGGCUUACUGGUUUACGACUGGGUAAAUAAGACUUUUAAAAGAUGCACCAAAGAUUGCUGUUGAGUUGUUAAAGCCACGCAAUGCUGAGUUCCAACUACAGUCUAUCCAUUGCACAAUCCAUAAAUGUGUAGGUCUCUAUGCACAGAUAAAAAUAUCUGAUCUUCCUA